AUGCCCCGACUCGUCCUCUUCCGUCUGCCGACCAAGCUUCGGCGACGGGUCCGCCGCAACCGCAUGGCCACGCUCGCCGCCCUCGCCGCCCUCUUCUUCCUGCUCGUCCUGCCGCUCUACUCCAUCUACUGCGUCUACAAGCCCCCGCGCUUCCUCAUCGGCUACCUGCGCGCCGUCUAUCCCGAUGUGCUCUUCGAGGUGACCACGACCGACAAGGUCAUGGCCCUGUCCAUUGACGACGCGCCCUCGCCGCACACGGACGACAUCAUGUCGGUGCUGCGCGACAACGACGCCCACGCCACCUUCUUCGUCAUCGGCUCCCAGGUCGACGGCCGCGAGCCGACGCUGGAGAAGCUCGUCCGCGAGGGCCACGAGCUCGGCAACCACGCCAUGCACGACGAGUCGUCGCGCGCCCUGUCCAACGACGAGCUGGAGCGCCAGGUCAAGCAGGUCAAGGAGAAGCUCGUCGCCGCCUACGACGCCAACCACAAGAUCCUGCCCAACAACUACUUCCGCCCGGGCUCCGGCUUCUUCAGCUGGCGCAUGCGCGACAUGCUCGGCAACCGCGGCUUCCGCAUCGUCCUGGGCAGCAUAUACCCCCACGAUCCCCAGAUCCCCUACCCGUCCACCAACGCCAAGCACAUCCUGAGCAUGGCGCACCCCGGCGGCAUCAUCGUGUGCCACGACCGGCGGUCCUGGACGGUGCCCAUGCUGAAGAUUGUGCUGCCCGAGCUGCGCCGGCGAGGGUACAAGAUUGUGACGAUAACCGACCUCGUCAAGGCGGCGGAGCCACUGGGCGGGCGGUGA